UUUGCUCGCAGUUUAAGUAAAAUGACACUAACCGGAGAUAAGCUGUAUAGUUUUGCGCACGAAAUGCUCACGAACAGACGCUACAAGGAUGCUGUCGUCCACAUACACGACGUAUAUUUAGACAGAAUCAUUGAUAGUCUUCAGGAGGCACUCUUUUGGACGAAUCGUUCGUUGAUACUUUCAGGACGGAAAGCAACAUUCCAGAGAAAGGGCAUCUUCAUGCCUUCAUCGCAAUUCUUCUACGUGCCUCAGAUGUUCAUCGUUUUUAUUGCUGUGAUCGCACUUUCUGAAUGA